UGAAUAUAGAGAGAGAAAUAUUGGGGCCCAACACUAUAAAUCCUGCCUCCCAUUGUUCAUUAUAGAGAGAGAAAGUAGUAGAAGAAGAAGCCAUGGAAAAUGAAAAAACAGAACUACCCAUUGGAGACCAUGAAGAAUCCCACCUCCUAUCUCCAUUCACUUUUGGCAGAGGCUUCAAGCUCUCUCACAGGGUAGUCCUAGCUCCAGUAACAAGGUGUCGAGCUCUGAACAACGUGCCGCAAGAGGCUCACACCAUCUUCUACUUUCAGAGGGCAACACAAGGGGGUUUCCUGAUAUCAGAAGCAGUUGCUGUAUCUCCUCAAGGCAUAGGGUUUCCGAAUUCUCCGGGAAUUUACACAGAGGAGCAGGUGGAAGCUUGGAGAAGAGUGGUGGAUGCUGUUCAUGAGAAAGGAGCCAUCUUCUUCUGCCAACUUUGGCAUGUCGGCCGAGCUUCUCAUGGAGUGUACCAACCAGAAGGCAAGCUUCCAAUUUCUUCCACCAGCCAACCAGUACCUGCUCCCUGGUCGAUCCUCAUGCCCGACGGCCCAAGUGGGCCCUACUCCACCCCGCGGGCCCUUGAAACCCACGAGAUCCCUGACAUUGUCGACCAAUUCCGCUCUGCUGCCCGCAAUGCCAUGCGUGCUGGCUUCGAUGGCAUCGAGAUCCAUUCCGCACACGGCUACCUGAUCGACCAAUUCCUCAAAGAUGGCAUCAAUGAUAGAAAUGACCAAUACGGUGGCAGCGUUGCUAACCGAUGCCGGUUUGCUUUAGAAAUCCUUUCGGCAAUUGCUGAUGAGGUCGGCUCUGACCGCCUCGCCAUCAGACUUUCCCCCAUUAUUGACCAUUUGGGAGCUGAGGACUCUAAUCCAAUAGACUUAGCUCAAUUCUUAGUAGACCAGCUUAACCGGAAGUUCAACCCGGGGCUAGCUUAUUUGCAUGUUACCGAGCCCCGAUUUACCCGACACGGGCUGAAGGGUGAUGUCGAAACGGAGAAAGCGGAGAGAAAUGUGUGUUCUUUGAUGAGGGAAGGUUUCAAAGGACCAUUCAUGAGCAGUGGGGGCUUUGUGCAGGAGACAGGGGAAGCAGCAUUGCGUAGUGGCAAGGCGGAUCUGAUUGCGUUUGGGAGGCUGUUCAUAUCGAACCCGGAUUUGCCGGCGAGGUUCGUAGGCGAAGCGAGGCUGACAAAGUACGACCGAUCAAAGUUUUACACAUCGGAUCAAGUAGUGGGAUAUACUGACUAUCCUUGUAUGACUAGCCCACGCCAAGCCUUGUUCCCAUCUUUCUCCUCUGAGAUCAACGGCCAGUGAGCACAAUGGUGAUUUUUGAAAAUCAGGGAUGGCUAUGGAAAUGUUGCAGUACUAUAACAUGGAUUAAUUACUGUUUUAUUGGAAAAUUUGAAGUUUAGAACACUCAAAUAAUGGUUGUUAAAAAUUGGUUUUACAUUCUAUCAAAUUCAAACGACAAUAAUUAGCAUAGUUUGGCUUGCUAUGGAAUUAUUCCAUUCAUUUCUUCUUCUUCUUUUGUUUUUUUUGUUUUGGCUAUUUAUUUCCUUGUGAUGAAAAAAGUAUAUCAAGGUAUGCAUAGCAUACUGUUUAGUUUUUA